AUGACGCCCCCAGCCCUGAAUGAGCUACCUCCGGAGAUAAUAUUGGAUGUCAGCGACUGCCUUACAUCGGUCGACAUAAAGUCACUAAGCCUCGUCGACAAGACUAUCCGCCAGUACGUGGUACCACAACUGUUCAAGCAUGUCAAGGUUGAUUGCCCACUUCCACGAGAUCACGUCCUUCAAUCCGUGAUUGCGAAGUAUGGUACAUACGUUUCGAGGUUGCGUCUACAAGUGACCUUCUACCCUAAUCCUCCCAACUCGAGCUACGAUGGUACCAAAGUCGAUACCACACAUGCGAAAGAAAGAUGGUACUGGAAUGACUAUCCGCAGUCUGUCUGGGCUCGAAAUGCGGACGAUGUUCCUGUCAUGCACCAUCUCAUCGGACUACCCAAUUGCGCCAGUCUCACUGUCUUCACCGAUGGAGAAGAUGGCUUUGGGAUCCGUGGUGGGUGGAGUGAGAAUAGAGCUCUAGACAUGAGAUUUCAUGUUUUUGACGAGCCUGAAACCUACAAUCAGGUUAGGAGAGCCGAGGGAAAUUAUGCUUGGCGACAAGCUCAUGCCGAAAUGUGGCGCGACAUCGCCAGAUACUCUCAGGUAGAACGGGUCGAGCUCAUCAACUUCUUGCCGUGCAAGGCGUCAAGUUGGGUGCAACCAGAAUGGGCGGAGUUUCUAGGCAGGUUGGAAGCACUAUCCUUACACGCUUAUGGCUAUGAUUUGGGAUGUAUUGGGCAAGCAAACUCGACUGCAGGGUUCAACACAUUCUAUAGAGAAAUGCCGGUUUUUCUCUUCGCACAUACUAAACGGUUGGAACAUCUUGAAAUCGCAUCGCAUUAUGGUGGAUAUCUGGGCAGCGAUGCCUUGCGAUUUGCACCCUACACGCUGCCUCGUCUACGAAUCUUGCGUCUGAAAGAUGUAUGCAUCACAGCAAGUUUGAAAGAAUUCUUGGGUGAGCACUCUCCGAAUCUGGAGAGCCUACGUCUUGACGACUGUGCGUCGGCGGCCUACCCAGCCUCCAGCCCCGAAACUCCGAAUGACCCAAAUUGGGGAGACUUUUGGGAAGCUGUUCGAGAGGGCAGUCCUGUGCUGCGAGAGGUCAUCUGCGAGUACACCGAGAUCCGUCCACUGUCUGAUGGCUACAUCGAAGUCGAGGAUGACAGUUUGAUUGUCUGGUCUUACGUCGAAAUAGAGGCUCCAGACGGCUCCGUAUACGAUUGCCUCGAGGUAAUCGAAGAGAAACUGGCGGCAGGCGACGACAAUCGGGAGUAUAGGCUAUUGAUGGAGGAGCUAGCUAGGCGACAACAAUCCACCCGGCUCCAAUAUUUGCCCUAG